UGGCAGGUAUGACAGCUACACAGGACUUCACUGGAUUCACUUCAAAGCAUUGCGCUUCUUGACGCACACAAGAUCCGGACUUUACGCGGAGAGCAUAUUGGAAAGGUUUAAUACAAAGAGGACAAUUGUUCAAAGAACAUGAAGUUAGAGGUGUUGUGUGGAAGCCACUAUGGCAUGAAGCAUUUAGAGAUGUCUAGUGAUGCAGAGGGGAGUGCGCGCUCUCCUCUUUCUGCUGAGGAGGAGCUGGGGUCGGAUGGGGACUGCGUGGCUUCCAGCCCUCCACCUGUUACUCCAUGCACCAGCACCAAGUCCAAGCCGUACACACGGAGAUCCAAACCCCCGUUUUCCUACAUCGCUCUCAUCGCCAUGGCUCUCCGGGACUCCAUCUCUGGACGUCUGACUUUGGCGGAAAUAAACGACUACCUGAUGAAAAGGUUUCCGUUCUUCAGAGGAAGCUACACCGGCUGGAGAAACUCGGUUCGGCACAACUUGUCUCUGAAUGACUGCUUUCUCAAAGUGCUGCGGGACCCGUCCAGACCUUGGGGAAAGGACAAUUACUGGAUUCUCAACCCUCACAGCGAGUACACCUUUGCUGACGGAGUGUUCAGGCGCAGAAGAAAACGCAUCGAUAAAAAGUUCAGCAGGGAGCCAAAGGUGUCCGAGCUCACAGAGGAGCCGCAGAGCAUUCAGCGGUCUGCAUCCGCCACCAACACGGAUUCAUGUGUCAAGUUUACUAGUUCAUUUGCGAUAGACAGCAUCCUCAGCAAGCCGUUCAAGAGGGACUCAAACAGAGAACACUUACCACUCCACCCUGCCUUCACCUGGCCGCGCUACACUGAAAUAAUGAUGCCUCAUUUAAAUACACCUGCCUCAUUUCCAUACUUCAAGCCAGCCUGCUAUGUGGACUCUUAUGCUGCGCCUGUGUUAAACGCCUAUUUCAUUUGAUGAUAAAAAAUCAUCAUUGUUCACUGACGAUGGACACAGACGAGAAUUGAAAAUGUUUUGGACUUUAUUGUGGUGGCAAGGUGUUACCCUUAUUUGUGUACCUCUUAAUUAAAGCAUUAUAAGAUUUGAUAUUUGAUACACAAUUAUUUGUUGAAAAUGUUCCUGAACUGACCAUUAACGUUGUUUGGAAAACGUGUUAAGAAAUAUGCACUUUGACUGUUUUUGUGUCUCUGUCUUUCAAAAACGAACGAAAUAAAAAUCUAACGAUG